AUGGUAGUAGCUUAUCUUCCCCAGAGUGAGAAGGAGGAUCACCCCCAUAUGGAGCCGGCCAUCUCCUCUUUUGCUGGCCGGCUCGGUGGGAACCAGGAUUUUAUCCUGGACCGGAGUGACCCCAAGAAUAUCGCCCUCUUGGAGAAGGUGCCUGAUGCGGCUCCAUGCAUGACGUUCGCCGAGAUCUUCGAUCUCAGAGGUUUCCUUAGUCCAGAUCUAUGGAAAUUUGCUAUGCUAGAAUGUGUUGCAAGUUUGAUGAACGUCUUUAUCUCAUCAUGGGUUACUACGCAUCCUAUGGCAGCUACGACCUACCCCACGGCCGGGGCGGGUAUCUAUGAUACCGUCACCUUCUUCUCGCCACUGUUUGGAGGCAUCACCAAUCUCCUCUUGACUCCGCUGCUGAUCUACACCUUUGGCCCAUCCAGCGGAGGUCACAUUAACCCGACCAUCACGAUCUCGUGUUUCUUCGCUCGUGUUAUCUCCUUCCCGCGCGCGGUUUUAUACGUCGCUGGACAGACCUUGGGAGGAGCUCUGGCUGGACUUGCUCUCAACACCUCUUACGGUAACCGUGAUUUCACUGUUGGAGGUUGCCACAUUGACACCGCCUUCGUGGCCCCCAAGGAUGGCUUGGUCAUUGAGUUCAUGUCCUGCCUGGCUCUGAUCUUCCUGUGUUUCGGUGUAGCCCUCGACCCGCGUCAAGCUAAGGUCUUUGGUCCUGCCGUUAGCCCAUGGCUUGUUGGUGUUGCAGUUGGAGUGAUUUGCUGGGCUACCGCUUUCACUCGUGAAGGGUAUAUUGGAGCGAAAGCGAAAAAAGAAAAGCAGACUGCAGUAUCCUCAAUCCCAGGGGUGAAAAAGGAAGCAAAAACAUACAACCAAAAAAAGAAAAAGGAGAUCAACAAGGCCAAGGGGCUAAUUUAUACCAAUGCAGGUCUUAACCCGGCACGUUGUUUCGGAGCCUAUGUGGCGUCGGAGUUUCCCACUUAUCAUUGGGUCCACUGGGUUGGACCAUUUUUGGCUUCCUUCGCGCACGGCCUGGUUUACUUCGUUGACCCACUUUGGACCGAGUCGCGGAGUUCGCCGUGA